AUGUCAAUGCACGAAAACGAAGAGCAUGAGUUGAAACUCUCCUUUCUUGACGCGAUGCGAGAAUCCUCCAAUUCAAUCAUCACAAAAUCAAUUCUAAGAAAAACACUUGAAAAUCUCGACAAGCUCGAAAACUCGCUGGACUCAUGCCAAGUCUUAUAUGGAAAAUGCCCUUAUCAGCCUCCCCACAGCAAAAACACCAAGAAAAAUUCCAACAAUAACUCAGUCACUCGCAGCAUGGAAUCUCCUCUGCGUAACCACUGCCCAAGUGUGGUUAUUAAAAAUGUGAACCAAAGUUACCAAGGAAUGUUUAAAAAUAUGAAGCAAACAGCCUGUAACCAAGAUAACAUCAGCGAGUUUUCUUUUAUUGAUGAAGACCGAUACACUAAAAAGUGUAAAAUUCCUUCGCCUCUGAAAAGAUGUCCAUCACAUAAAUCUCCUAUCAAAAGAUAAGCCUAUUUAUAAUGAUUUUUUAUUUAAUUGAUUAUUAAUUUAUUUUUUUAAUAUUAAUAAAUAUUAAGAUUACCAAAACAGCGAAAUCAGAUCUUCAACUCCUUAUAGCAGUUUUAGUUCUGACGCAAGCAAGAACCCAGUAAACUAUUCGAAACUUACUGAGCCAAUUACUCCAAAUUAUGCAUUUGAGCUACGAAACUCCAAUAACGCGCUCUUAAACUCUCACCUUGCAAGCACGCUUAUAAUAGAGCCGGAAACAACUGAGCAAAAAUCGCCAAAUUUUACAUUUGAAAAAAAUAUAAAAUCGCAAAUCCAAAAAAAUUGUCAGGGAAAUAUUAAUAGGAUGUAUUGUAGUAUCUGCUCAAGUGAAACUCCAGUAGAAAUAACUUUUCGAUUGCAAUCUCUAGGAGUAUGAAAAUCUAUCCAGUAUUUUUUCAGUUCUAUUCGAAGCUGUGGAGAUGUAAAAUUGCUUACCCUCUAUGAGCAAGCCAAAGUUUUGGUGGCAUUUAUUCUAUUUUUUCCUAUAAUAUAUAUUUUUUUCUCAGUCUAAUAAAAAUAGUUAUAAAAAAUAUUGUAUUAUAAUUCACAGAGGUGGCUAAUUUCCAUUAUGAGAGUUAAUAAAUAUCAAGAAGUUUUACAUAUUUGCAAAAGGUGUGGAAAUGUACUAGCAAGAGUACAAGGACUAUAG